CAAAUAAGAUCCGUUUCCCCGAUAAGUAGCUUCUGACGUUUCCCCACUUCGUUUCACUUCCCGCUCGCCACACCUUGCGGCUCCCUCCUUCCCUCCCCCUCCCUCUUCGCGGAAGCCAUCCGAUUCGAUUUCGUGGCGACAGCAAUCUCUCCCUGCUUGCGCCGAUCGGUCCAGUUUUCGGCUUCAUUCCUCCUCCGUCGAAAUCUCGCUUUCUAAGUUGUCGCGCUUCGUAGGGUUUUUGACAUACUAGGGUUUUGGGCCUAAACCUAAGGUCGAGCCCGACGGGAGCAAUCCCCUUUCCAAUGUCGGGUGCUUAAUCUACGGGUUUUCGCUUCACGAGACGAAUUUGGGUGGCCGAGUGGACGCUUGACCAUGGGCAGCGGCGAGGGUGAGGCUUCGGCCAAGUCUCCAAAACCAUUGGCGGGUCAGGAGCAAUCUCCUACCACUAGCUCUGCUGCGGCCGUGUCCGUUUACCCAGAUUGGUCCAACUUUCAGGCGUGUCCUCCGAUUCCGCCUCAUGGACUCUUCCCUUCCCCAGUGCCAUCGAGUCCCCAGGCUUAUCCUUAUAUGUGGGGAGCUCCGCACUUGAUGCCACCUUAUGGGACUCCACUACCUCCAUACCUCACGUAUCCUCCUAGAGGAUUAUAUUCUCAUCCCUCAGUUCCUCCGGGGUUACGCCCUUUUGGUCCUUUUGCCAUGUCUACUACAAAUAUGAAUGCUGAGAAUUCUGGAGUUGUUCCCAGCAGCAUGGAAAUGGAUGGUAAGUCAUGUAAAGGUAAGGAAAAAGGUCCCACAAAGCGAUCCAAAGGAGGUUGCAGUAGUUCAAAUAUGAUUUCAGAAAAGAACAACAGUGAGACAUGUAAAUCAUCAGGGCCACCAGCUAAUGAAGUCUCCCAGAGGUGUAUAAUUCCUGGUGAUAGCACAAGUGAUAGUUCAAGUGAAGAAGAGAGUGAUGACACUUCUCAAAAUGACUCACAGCCAAAGACAAGUGGUGGAGGUGAAUCUUUUGAUGAUCAAGCACCAUCUCAAGCAAUGAUGAGUCACACUAGGGCUGUCAUGCCUAUGCCAGCAGCUUCUGCACCUGGAGGAGUUGUUGGUCCUGCUACAAAUUUAAAUAUAGGGAUGGAGUACUGGGCUGCCUCAAGCUUAUCACAUAUUCCAUCAAUACAUGGCAAGAUGCCUACCACAGCAGUUGGAGGAGCUGUAGCCCCUUCUGCUCCAUCCAAGCAUUGGUUGCAGGAUGAAAGAGAACGAAAAAGACAGAGAAGAAAGCAAUCAAACAGAGAAGCAGCACGUAGAUCUCGAAUGCGAAAGCAGGCUGAGUUUGAAGAGCUGGCUAAUCGUGCUGAGACUUUGAACGAGGAGAAUACUUCUUUAAGAACAGAGUUAAACAGGAUAAAGUCAGAAUAUGAACAUCUUCUUUCCGAGAACAACUCGCUUAAGGAGAAACUUGGUGAAGUACAAAAGGAGACACAAGAACCAGGUUUUGAAAGAAAUGACCAACCUUUGGGGAAAGAGAAUCCAAAAUGAAACUUGGAUUCUGAUCACAAGCAAGGAAACAAUUUCCAUGCAGAUAACAUCUAAGCUACUCCUAAAUGAGAUUAGAGAUUAAUCCUAACCAUAUCACGAGCAUUAUCAAAUCCAGAUCAUAUAUGCAGAUUACAAUUUGUUGCAGUUGAGUGGUGUUAUGUAGAAUGUUGAUAUUAAUUUCUACUGGCUGGCUGUUAUUAUGAUAACUGUCCUGACUUAUCAUUUAACUGUAUGAGUAAGCAGGACAUAUAUUGUUCAUUGUUCUAUCUCAGUUUCACUUAGAACUGUUCA